AUGGCCGAUACUAUAACCGAGAUGAACGGUAAACUUGACCUGAUUCUGGCGCGGAUGGAAGAAAUUGACGAGAUUAAAGAAAAGCAAAAGCAGUUGGAGAAAGUGAGUGCUGAGCUGGAAAAAAGCCUCGAGUUAGCUCAUGAGUCUAUCAAAACUCUGACUGUACAAGUUGAUGCUCAAGAAAAGACGAUCUCUGAUCUGGAGAAAGGUGUGAACAACUUGACAAAAAGUGCCAGCUUUGAGAAGGAACGCACAAUAAAAUUAGGGAGCCACAGUCGGAGAAAUAAUUUAAUAUUUUUUGGUAUUCCUGAAGAAGUGAAUGAAACAAGCGUCAAGACCGAAUCGCUGCUUUACUCCUUUCUAGGAGACGAACUGAAGUUGAAAGGCGACGAUAUUGAGUGA